GGACCACAUGCAGUGGUCACAAGAAGAAGAAGAGAGUGCCAAGGAAAAAGCGGCAGAAAACUCACUUGUGAAAGUCCAAUGGGAAGACCAAGAUAAAUAUGACAGAGAAGCUAGUAAAUAUUGGAAUGAAUUUUACAAGACUCAUAAAAAUAACUUCUUCAAGGAUCGCAAUUGGCUGUUUCUGGAGUUUCCAGAAAUUCUUCCAAAAAACAGAAGAGAAGAGUUGAAAACAGAAGAAAGAUCUUCAAAACACACAAAAAUAAAUAGUACCAACACUUUUUCACACAACAAUGAAAUGUUUGAGAAAGGAGAAAAAUAUUGGAAGAAAAAUUAUGGAGGUGGUUCUACUUCUGUACAAGGAUAUGUAUAUAAUAAAAACCAAGCAAAAUCUCUUACUGACAAUCCUCAAGGUAAAAACAGUGGAGAAGAACUUGGCAGGCCAGAAUCCUUCCCUGGUAGUGAUGCCACUUACAGAAUAUUAGAGGUUGGUUGUGGUGCUGGAAACAGUGUCUUUCCUAUUUUGAAAGUUCUAUGCAAUACGCCUGGAACCUUUCUAUACUGUUGUGAUUUUGCUUCAGGAGCAGUGGAGCUGGUAAAGUCACAUUCGUCCUACAAUUCAGCCUGGUGUUCUGCCUUUGUUCAUGAUGUGUGUGAUGAUGCUUUACCCUAUCCUUUUCCAGAUGAGAUCCUGGAUGUCAUUCUCCUUGUCUUUGUGCUCUCUACUAUUCAUCCUGACAGGAUGCAAAGGGUUGUAAAUAGGUUGGCUAAACUACUGAAACCUGGAGGAAUGUUGCUGUUUCGAGACUAUGGAAGAUAUGAUACAGCUCAACUUCGUUUUAAAAAAGGUCAUUGCUUGUCAGAAAAUUUUUAUGUACGAGGAGAUGGAACCAGAGUAUAUUUCUUUACCAAAGAUGAGGUAUGGAACAUGUUCAACUUGGCUGGAUUAACUGAAGUACAGAAUUUGGUUGAUCGGCGAUUACAAGUAAACAGGAAGAAAAAAGUGAAAAUGCAGCGAGUUUGGAUACAAAGCAAGUUCCAAAAACCAUUGCUUCUGUCUCUGAAUAAUCCUGAAGAAACCACUGAAAGGCACCCAUAUAGAUAA